GCGAACCCCGGAGCACUUCCGCCCUGUUGGUGAAGUGGGUGUCUCGGUGGAGCCUUGGGGAGCAUUGCCUCUCCUAGGAGCCCCUUGAAGGACACGCCUUAGAUGCAGGAAGACGUUAAACAAGAACAGUCCAGCUGAAGCGAGGUAUCCAGGACCAACCAUGGCCGUGGCCCUAGAACCCCAGACCCAGGCCUCUCCCCGACCGGAGCCUGAAGAACUCCUGAUUGUGAAAUUGGAGGGGGACUCGUGGAGAUCAGAAUCCAAACUCUGGGAGGAGAACCGUGACCCCGUCCCUGGCCCCGAGGCCUCCCGCCAGCGCUUCAGGCAGUUCCGGUACAGGGAUGCGGCGGGACCGCAUGAAGCCUUCAGCCAGCUCUGGGCUCUCUGCUGUCACUGGCUGCGGCCGGAGAUCCGCCUCAAAGAGCAGAUCCUGGAGCUGCUGGUGCUGGAGCAGUUCCUGACUAUCUUACCCAGGGAGGUCCAGGCCUGGGUGCAGGCACGCCACCCUGAGAGUGGCGAGGAGGCAGUGGCCCUGGUGGAGGAUUGGCACCGAGAAGUCCGGGCUGCAGGCCAGAGGGAACUGGACUUGUGUGCAGAAGAGACCAGGUCCUUAAAGGCAAUGCAAGAAUCUCAGCGUUGUCAGCUGCAGCCAGCGAAUCACUGGCCCGAGGCACAGUGCCAGAAGCAGUGGGUGAAGAAUUCAUGCCCUGACCUUCCCAAGCAUCUAGACACCAAGAUGGUGCCACAGCCCUUGAAAGAGAGUGCUGUCCUCACUCCCCGAGUCCCUACUCUCCCGAAGAUGGGGAGUGUUGGAGAUUGGGAGGUGACAGCCGAGUCCCAGGAAGCCCUGGGCCCUGGCAAACACGCCGAGAAGGAGUUCUGCAAGGACCCCCCAGGAGACGGGUGUGGGAACGGUGUGCCCCUAGUUCCCCCAGUUUCAAAACCAAGUAUCAACUGCCAGCGAGAGCAAGGACCAGAAUUUUGGCAUCCAAGCUUUAUAAAUUCUGGAAAAAGGAACAGUGCAGAUUACAACCCAGGUAAUGAGCCAAUAAGACCAGCUCAGUCAUUGGCCUGGAGAGACUCAAAGGCCUGGGAGGAACCAUACCAGUGGGACACGGAGGACAUGAAGGUGUCGGGUGUGCACUGGGGCUACGAGGAGACCAAGACUUUUCUGGCAAUUUUGAGUGAGUCUUCUUUCUCUGAAAAGCUCCGGACUUGUCACCAGAACCGCCAGGUGUACCGGGCCAUUGCAGAGCGGCUGAGGGCUCGGGGCUUCCUGCGGACCCUGGAGCAGUGUCGCUACAGAGUCAAAAACCUCUUACGGAAUUACCGGAAAGCCAAGAGCAGCCACCCACCAGGGACCUGCCCCUUCUAUGAGGAGCUGGAGGCCCUGGUGAGGGCCCGGACGGCCAUCAGAACCACAGAUGGCCCAGGAGAGGCUAUGGCACUCCCCAGGCUGGGGGAUAGUGAUGCAGAGAUGGAUGAGCAGGAGGAAGGAGGCUGGGGGCCUGAGGAAACAGCAGAAGACUAUAAUGGUGAUGACCUGGCCACUGAUGAAUCUGUCCAGGAGCCCAGGAUUCCAGGGGGCCCAACUCUGUUCCAGAGUCGUAUUGCAGGUGUGCACUGGGGCUACGAGGAGACCAAGGCCUUCCUGACCAUUCUCAGUGAGUCUCCUUUCUCUGAAAAGCUUCGCACCUGUCACCAGAACAGCCAGGUGUACCGGGCCAUCGCAGAGCGGCUCUGUGCACAGGGCUUCCUGCGGACCCUGGAGCAGUGUCGCUACAGAUUCAAAAACCUCCUUCGAAGCUACCGGAAAGCCAAGAGCAGCCACCCACCAGGGACGUGCCCCUUCUAUGAGGAGCUGGACUCCCUGAUGAGGGCGCGGACAGCCGUCAGAGCCAUGGGACCCCUCAGGGAGGCAGCAGUUCUCCCUAGGUCCGGGCAGAGCAGUACCGAGGCUGAUGACCAGCAGGCCUGGGAUGAGAUGGCAGAUGAAGAUGCCAUCAAAUCUCCAGUCCCACGUCCUAAUACCCCAGACACUGGGUUUGAGAUGAGGCAUAAGGAUGAAGACCAGAUUUUGGAGCAGGAUAUUUUUGAGGAUUUGCCUGGAGCUUUAUCAAACUGUACUAGAGAGGAUGUUUGCCACCCUCCUGACUGGGGGCAAGACAGUGAAAAUGAAGGUGAAGGUGAAGGGCACUGGGGAAACACCCCCCAGGAGCAGUGGGAAGAAUGUUCUUCUGAAGAGGACUUAGAAAAACUUAUCGACCAUCAAGGCCUGUACUUGGCAGAGAAACCCUACAAGUGUGAUACAUGUGUGAAGAGCUUCAAUCGGAGCUCCCACUUCAACGCCCACCAGCGGAUCCACACAGGUGAGAAGCCCUACAAAUGCCUUGAAUGUGGGAAAAGCUUUAGUGACCGCUCCAACCUCAAUACCCAUCAGAGAAUCCACACUGGAGAGAAGCCCUACAAAUGCCUUGAAUGUGGGAAAAGCUUUAGUGAUCACUCCAAUCUUGUCACCCACCAGAGAAUCCACACAGGGGAAAAGCCCUAUAAAUGUGGGGAAUGUUGGAAAAGUUUCAACCAGAGCUCAAACCUCCUGAAACAUCAGAGAAUCCACUUGGGAGGCAAUCCUGACCAUUGCAGUGAGCCUGGGGAAAACUUGGGCCCAAGCCCAUCCUUCAGUGCUCACUGCAGGAACUCCACAGAAGAGACAGCUCUUGAACAACCUCAGAGUGCCAGUAAGAACUUGAAUUCUGGCCCACACAGCACCAACUCAGGGGAAAAGCUUUACCAGUGUUCUGACUGUGGAAGAACCUUCUCUAAGAGCUCUGCCCUCAUUAGCCACCAAAGAAUCCAUACGGGAGAGAAACCAUAUGAAUGUGCUGAAUGUGGGAAAAGCUUCAGUAAGAGCUCCACGCUGGCUAACCACCAGCGAACCCACACGGGGGAGAAGCCGUACAAGUGUGUGGACUGUGGGAAGAGCUUCAGUGAGCGCUCUAAGCUCGUCACACACCAGAGAGUGCACACGGGAGAGAAGCCCUACGAAUGCCUUGAGUGUGGGAAGUUCUUCCGUGAUCGUUCCAACCUCAUCACUCACCAGCGGAUUCACACGGGAGAGAAGCCUUAUAAGUGCAGAGAGUGUGGGAAGUGUUUUAACCAGAGCUCUAGUCUGAUUAUUCACCAGAGAAUCCACACUGGGGAGAAACCCUACAAGUGCAUGGAGUGUGGGAAAGACUUCAACAAUAGCUCCCACUUCAGUGCCCACCGGAGAACUCAUGCGGGAGGGAAGGCAUCAUAGGAGACGCCCCCCCCCCCGCCACAACAGCAAAAGAGAAAAAUGUGUAUUUAAAUCUCCGAUCGUAAGAUGUAUGCUAGAAACUUACCCAGUUUUUAAGCUUGGUGUAUACCCAGGGAAGCUAUCUUGGUAUAAUCCAGGUUAUUUGGAAGUGAAUUACAAAUGCUAAGGAUCCAGAUAUGAAGGCACUUUUUUUCAAUUUUAAAAAUUUUUAAUUUUUUCAUUUUUAACUUAAAUUCAAUUUAGUUAACAUAUGCCGUAUUGUUUGUUUCAGGGGUGGAAUUUAGUGAUUCAUCAGUUGCGUAUAACACCCAGUGCGCAUUCCAUCAAGUGCCCUCCUUCCCGCCCAUCACCCAGUUACCCCAUCCCCCAUCCCCCACCUCCCCUCCGGCAACCCUCAGUUUGUCUCUUAUGGUUUAAAGGCACUUUUCUUAAGUGUCAUUUGUUUUUCUCCUAUAAAAAUCCCCCAUGCGGUCCUCA